UGAUUUUGAUAAGGUCUGCUAUUGAAAUAAGAUGGAUCCUGUCUCUCCAGAAAGAAGGAGGUUAUCACCCUCUUCUUCACUUGUUAACAAUGCAAGUAAAAGGAAGUACAAACCUUUCAACUGCUUCAGUAACUACUGUAAGGAAUUAAAGUCUCGUUCAUUGAGUUUACCAUCAAUCCUCCUACUGAUUUAUGCUCUGCCAAUUGAAAUUUGUAUUUUAAUGACUGACUUUACCAGUAACCAGUUCAGCCAGUGUGACUUAUUUCACUCUAAAAGGGAUAUAAUUUUUAAUAAUUUAGGGCUCAUAGUAAAUGUUCUCCUACUUUUCACCCCUUUCUGUGGUUGGUUAUCAGAUACUAAGAUUGGUAGGGGUAAUGCUAUUUAUCUUGGUCUAUGGCUUGGUUGGAUAGGCACUUUACUCUGGGCUAUAGGAUGCUGUUUGCAAUAUAAUUCAUGUGGUGCUACUGCUCUGGUAGGAAGAUAUAUGUUUUUUACUGUAGCUUUUGUUUUCAUGUUAGUAUCAUUGUCACUCAUGUAUACUAAUAUUUUACCAUAUAAUUUAGAUCAAAUGAUGGAUGAAUCAGCUGUUAGAAUUAGAGCAUUCAUUCACUGGUUUAUGCUGUGUCUUUAUAGUGGCUAUGUCUCUUCAGUUUUAUCAGAUGAACUCAUCAUUUCAGUUGUGGCUUUUGCUCUCUUUUCUUUUUGUCUUUGUCUUCAUUUUCUUUUUAAGCAUCGUUUUGAGCACAUACCUAUUCCUAAUCCUUAUAAAAUUGUAUUUAAAGUUUUGAAGUUUUCUCUUAAAACUAGUCGCACUAGAAGACAGCAUCGUAGUGCAUUUACAUACUGGGGAGAGGAGCCCAGUAGAAUGGAUCUUGCUAAGGAGAGGUAUGGUGGUUGUUUUUCUCAUGAAGAAGUGGAAAAUGUAAAGACUUUUCUACGUAUUGCUGUUGUUUUGGCUACUUCUUUCUCCCUAUUUGUCCCCAUUGUUCCAGUUUUGAAUAGUUCCUCAAAUUUUGUUGCACAGUUUAAACAUGGUUAUGAAGGUUUGAAUGGAAAUGCUAAAAGUGUUCUUUGGUUUCUUAGCAACAUCAUUCCUUUGUUUGUUCUAAUCCCUUUGUUUGAACUAGUUAUUUUACCUCUUUUUCCUAAAUUAGAAUAUUUUCUGAGUAAACCUUUGAGAGGACUUGGCUUGGCUAAUGUUCUCAUCCUAUUAUCUAUUCUAAGUUUAUUUCUCAUUGACUUGAUUGGAAGAAUUGCUAGUAGCAUUACAUGUACUUCUAAAAUGCCUUGCUUCUUCAUUUGGAAAUCAGUCCAUCCAACAAUUGAUAUUUCCUAUUGGAUACUACUCAUACCAUCAGUUUUAGCUGGUACAUCAUAUUUUCUUUCUUAUAUAUGUCUAUUUGAGUUCAUGUGUAGUCAAGCUCCUUUUGGUAUGCAUGGAAUAAUUUUUGGACUAUUCUGGUUUGUACAUGCUUUCUAUAUUGACACUGGUUCAGGUAUUUUAUUAAUAGUUUAUUAUCACCAUAUACCCUCAGUCUCAUUUAUGUCAUGUACCUCAUGGCUCUCCAUGAUAUUUUGUAUAAUCGCUGUUAUUGGAUUAGUGGUGUAUGUAUUAAUAGCUCGAUGGUAUGUCAAUAGGGUCAGGGAUACUGAUCUUGGUCUACGUGCAGCAGUAGAAGAACACUGGGAGAAUAGACUAAGGUCAGGAAAUGCCAUAACUGAUAUUGAUACAAAAGAUUUAUUUGUUUCAAGUGUUUGAUAGUUUUUGUUAAUUUUUGCAAUUUUUUAUUUUAUAAUAAGAACUGUCACUUCUCUAUUA